GUAAGCUUGUGGGCCAUUGGGUGGAUUCGUGGCCUUUCAGUGGCGCCGAGUCGUUACUCGAUUUGACUUUUGUUUUUCGGUUGGGUUCUCUGACUCAGAGUCUUUGGGUGUUGUUAUUUUGACAAGAGGCCAACAAGCCCAAUUUGGAGAAGUUUUGUGGAAGGAGGUGUGAAAAAGACAGCAUGAAUUUUACCCCGACACAUACCCCAGUCCGCAGAAAGCCAAAAAUUGUCUCCAAACGCCGUGUUGCCUUUCACGUCAGUGGUCCUACCAGGACAAGAGAGAUGGCAAAGGCAGUGCCGUCCACUCCUUUCCCUUCCCUUGAAGAUCGUCUGGCCAUCCUCUGUCCUUCUCAGGAGCUUAUGGAAUAUUAUCAAAAGAAGAUGGCUGAUUUUGAGACAGAAAAUGAGGAACUGUUGAAGAGACUAGAAUUCUACAGAGAAGCUUGUGAAGGACAGCAUAAACUUGAACGGGAUUUGCAGCAGAGGGAGGAAGAGAUUGCUGAAUUGCAGAAAGCUCUAAGCGAUAUGCAAGUCUGCCUCUUCCAGGAACGGGAGCAUGUUUUACGCCUCUAUUCAGAAAAUGAUCGGCUGAGAAUCAGGGAGCUAGAAGACAAGAAAAAGAUUCAGAAUCUCUUGACUCUUGUGGGAACAGAUGCUGGAGAAGUAACUUAUUUUUAUAAGGAACCUCCCCACAAAGUCAGCAUUUUCCAAAAGACUAUCCAGACAGGUGAGCAGAAGGAGUCUUCAGCUUUAAAAACAGAUCCUAAAAUAAGCAAAAGAAGACCAGCAAUGAGAGAGAGGGAAGAAAAUUCGGAGCCUUAUGAAAGAGAGAAACAGAUACUCAUCCUACAGGUAGGAGCGCUGCAGGCUCAGCUGGAAGAGCAGACCAGGCUUUCUAGAGAACAAGUUGAAGGACUCAUGGAAGAUAGACAAAUUCGCAUUGAGGAAAUACAAGUCCUACACCAGAGAAAUCAGGACAAAAUCAAAGAGCUUACCAAAAGUCUUCAUCACACCCAAGAACUUCUCUAUGAGAGCACCAAAGAUUUUUUACAGCUCAAAUUUGAAAACCAAAAUAAAGAGAAAUCAUGGAUGCUUGAAAAGGAUCAUUUGAUGUCAAAGAUUAAGCAAUGUAGAGUGCAGUGUCAGAGGAAAGAAGAUAAAAUUGGAAAAGUUUUACCAAUUAUGCAUGAGAGUCAUCAUACCCAAAAUGAAUAUAUUAAGUCCCUAAAAGAUAAGUUGCUACAAGAGAAAAAGCUGUCCAACAUGUAUCAAGUGCAGUGUGUUUCUCUAGAAGAAGAACUUGCCCGAAUUCGUGAGGAAGAGGGAAUGAGAAGAGAGAUCUUUAAGGAUCGCACUAACAAGAUGGGGAAGCGUUUACAGAUAAUGACAAAACGCUAUGAGGCCUUGGAGCAUCGACGUAUCUUGGAAGUAGAAGGCUUUAAGACAGAUAUUAAGGUUCUCCGACAGAAACUGAAAGACUUGGAGCAAAUGCUUUAUAAGGCAACUGUUAAUGCCCGGGCAAACCAGGAUCUUGCUAUGCUUUGUGAAGUCCGUGACAGCAAUCGGCGGGCAUGUAAGAUACAAGGAGAACUGAAGAACCUUAAGUCCAAAGUUUUUGGUCUGGAGAAUGAACUUAGACUCUGUUGAUAAUAUCCUUUUGGAAAUGGCCCCUAUUUGAAAGAGGUCUGCCUCCUGAAAUCUCCUGAAUUUCUGCUUCCAGAAAGUACAGACCCAGAGUUGACUACAAUAGUGAGAUCCAUUAUUAUAAGGACAGAGUGAAGACUCAAAGACCACUAAGAAAGCUUUUCUUGCAUGCUAAGCUUUAUUUAUAAUUUCUGGGGUCCUGUGAGAUAUUUGUGGGGGGAGACCUAGACCUGAUGACUUACACGUUUUUGUUAUUUCUUCUGUUUAUAUUAACAAGUUUUGGUGGUUUUUUUGUUUGUUUUUAAGAAAACAAUGAUGGGGCAGUUCCUCUGGCUCAAAGGAGUAGGGUGCCGGUCCCAUAUACCUGAGGUGGCAGGUUCAAACCCAGCCCCGGCCAAAAAAAACUGCAAAAAAAAAGAAAAAGAAAGAAAACAAUGAUGAUGAAAACUUAGGAAGAAAGUAGGGCAAAUGUUAGUGGAAACCCUAAAGAGAUAAAGGCAUUCACAAAGAUUGCCUUUCUCCUAGGCAGAGGGAAAAGUCAGCACUUCACAACUGGUAAACUUGAGUAGGCAGUAAUUACACUGCUAUUUAACCUUCAGUCAUGAGCACUGUCCUGAAAUACCUUUUUGAACAAGCUCAUCAAGCUUCACCAGAGGGCACUAGAGACCCUACUCUUAAGUGAAAGAAAACUAAAGGUGCCACUUUAGCAAGAGUGAGUGAAAUCGAAAUGAUACUUGUAUGAAAUGUUUAACAUUUUCCAGUAACAUGAUAUUUUUUUAAAUGUAUAUAUUUUAAAUUAACUAUUUUCAAUAAAGUAUG